AUGGACACCGUCCGGUCUCUCGUCCAGCCCAUCACGCACAACCUGCCGGCGCCCAUCCGGGACCUCGGCGUGUCCAUCGUCGGCGAGACGUGCUACAAGGCGCUGCUGCUCGACGUCGACAUCGAAAACACCGAGUGCGUCAAGCUCGCCGUCAGCAAGGGCCUGGGCAUUGGCAUCGUCGGCGCCUCGGCCGUCGUCAAGGUGCCGCAGAUCCUCAAGCUGCUCAAGUCCAAGUCCGCCGAGGGCGUGUCGUUCCUGUCGUACCUGCUCGAGACGAGCGCGUACCUCAUCUCGUUGGCGUACAACGUGCGCAAUGGGUUUCCCUUUAGCACCUUUGGCGAGACGGCCUUUAUCAUGGGCCAGAACGUCGUCAUUUCGAUGCUUGUUCUGAACUACAGCGGCCGGCCUGCCAUGGCGGCUCUGUUCGUGGCCGCACUGGCCAUUGGUGCGGCGGCGCUGUUUGCAGAAAAUGUCGUUGACAUGCAGGCGCUGAGCUACCUGCAAGCUGGCGCCGGUGUUCUCGGUGUUGCCAGCAAGGUUCCUCAGAUUCUGGCCAUCUGGCAGGAGGGAGGUACCGGCCAGCUCAGUGCUUUUGCGGUCUUCAACUACUUGGCCGGCUCGCUGUCUCGCAUCUUCACCACGCUCCAGGAAGUCGACGACAAACUGAUACUGUACGGCUUCAUCUCCGGCUUUGCCCUCAAUGCCAUCCUCGCUCUGCAGAUGGUGUACUACUGGAACGCCCCCUCUGCAAAGGCUAGAGGCAAGCGGAAGGAGGUUGUGCCCGUCGAGGCCCGCGGAAGCUCAACGGCCGUGCCCAAGAAGGGUCCCACCACUCGCCGCCGUGGUUAG